GAAAUUCUCCUUUGGGGGGAAAACGAAUAAUAACAUCCAGAAAGGGCGCAGAACAAUCGAUUGGAAAGGCGCUCCGUAGCAGCAGCGCAAGAUCGGAAGCUUUGAUAGCUGCCAGCUCACAGUCUCUUACGCUAUUUCAGCAAGAUGGCUCGUUCGCCGGCCGACGCAACGCGCUUUACGGCCACUGGACCGCACGCGCAUUCGAAAUUCAACAUGCAUGGAUCUUCGGCUUCAUCGGCUUUCCCUCCGCCAUCGCAUCCAGAGACCCCGCAGGAGAAGGUCAAUCGUCUGCGAAAUGCAGCACGCCAGGCGAAGCUGGCCAAGGAGAGCCGAUUCGACAAAGUCACCGCUCGAGGACGAGUGUGGGCAGACCGAGCACAUCGCAUCACAGCAUUGACAUUGAUUGCAGCGACUGGUAUUGCCGGAGUCGUGACUGUGUUCGCACUGGGUGACAUGAUUGUGUACAACCGGAAAAAGAGAAAGGAGUUCUUCGCUGAAAAGGAGGCGCAGCAUGCCGUCAAAUUGGAGCGUGCCAGAGAUGCCGCAACCAAGGGUACUGCCAGUGACUACCAAAAACUGUUGCUCAACCGCGAGCGUGCUGCUGCCGAGGCUGAGCAAGAGCGCCUGAACAACAAGGGCUACUUUGCUGGCGCCAAGGAUUGGCUCUACAGCGGACUGAAAAAGGACGAUGUGGCCGAGAACUCGUCUGAGCAAGGGAACGAGCGCGCUGAUGGACUCUCAAUAGCGGCUGACGCUGCUCACAAGGUUUCCGACGAGGUUCAGAACCUCACUGCUACAGGAAAGGCUGCGAGCGAAAAGGGCGUGCUGCAGAUGGUGCAGGAAAAGGCCCAAAGUGGCAACGCAACCGGUCAAGAUGUUGCUGCCAAGGGUGGAUAUUUGGACCGCUUGGGCCAAGCUCCGUCAGAAAAGGAGCCAGAAGAGCAAAAGCCGCGCAGCUGGACCAGUUGGCUGGGAGGCCGGUAAUAAAUGAGCUACUGCGUGCAACACAUUGUAAAAUUGGGAGCCUCUUCACUUUCUUUUAUACGCCAUGGUUCUGUCGAGCGGAUUUAAACUCAAUUCAUGUACGAUACUUUCUUCAGCACCUUUUGCAUGGUGCAAUUUCGUUUUCUACAUAUACGCAUGCAUCAAUGUAGAGGAGUUCUUGGUUUCAUAUUCAUGCUUCAUUCAAUCUGCACCACAUGCUCGUCCCUGCCCUUGCUUUACUUUCUGUCGUCGUAGUCAGGUUGUGUUGUCAGUUUCCUCUAAACAUGAUCAAUUAGGUAGGUCACUUUGAACAGCCGUGCUCGCCAACCUGCAGCUUGCCUGUAUAUUGGGAAAGAGGAAGCU